CGUGCCGCGGGCGGGCCCUUCUCGCGCGGUCCCCCCUCCCUCCCCUCCUCACGGCCGGCGCUCCGCCGCCUCCCCGCGCGCAAGGCCGGAGGGCAGGAGGGCGCGCGCCGGGCGGGCGGUAGCGAUGGCGGCGCUGGACCGGGGCCUGGCGACGGGCUGCUCCCUGCGGCCGGGGGCGGCGGGCCGGGGCCCGGAGGCGGCGCUGUGGCCGGCGGCGGGGCCUUUGCUGUCCCGCGGGGGCGGCCCCCGCGCGUCGCCCUGCGGCCGGAAGAGGCCCCCGACGGAGCAGGCGCCCGAGGGCUGCCCGGCGAGCAAGAGGCGACCGCGCGGCUCCUGGAUGCUGGACGGGGGCGGCCCGGGCCCGAGCGGCCCCCUCUGCGCGGCGCCCGGAGCGCCCGACGGCCCCUGCGAGGCCAUGGAGCAGGCGGCGGCGGCGGCGGCGGGGGAGCAGCAGUGCGAGGCCGCCCGCAGGAAGCUGCGGGAGAUCGAGGCCAGAAUAACCGAUGAAGAUGAAGAUGAAGAUGUGCUCGUGGAAGAGACUGCUGGAACCCUGCCCACCCUUGUCCUGUCCGACACCCUUAAAACAGGGCUGAAGAGGGAUUACAGUGGAGAUCUGACAAAGAAAAUAAUCGAGUCCAUGAGUCGUCCCUCCAUGGAGCUGGUUCUCUGGAAGCCUCUUCCUGAAUUCUUCACCAAAAAAGCCAAGUCUGUUUCUGUUAAAAACUACAAGCCAGUGGCAGGAAGGUGCCCUGCCGAACCAGCAACCCCCGACGCUGCCUUCUGCCUGCAGACAGGACAGUUCUCUGGGCUGCAGGAAACAGAGAUGCCUUCAGAUUUCUACAGUGCUGUGGAACCUACUGAGUGCACAGAAGAGGAGAUGGAAUUGUAGAAGCUGGGGCAAAGCCAGAUGGUAGCUUGCUGGCCUUUUUUCACUCUUUGGAUGUGCGGGUAUUAGAUGGUAGAGGAGGAGUGUCUGCGUGUAUGGUGUUUUUUCCCCCCCCAGGGUGAUGGUUAGAAGUAUGAGAUGGCUUCACGCCUAGGAAACGGAAAAGGGCAGUUCAUAAUUCAAGGAAAGAAGCUUGUUUUUACCGAGAGAGCCAGAAAUGAUUUUUUUUUCCUGGCUGAUUUCUAAUUUGUAGAGUAAAAUUCAGGAAAUAGCCAUGGUCCAGGCUAUCUUUUGUGCCUGGUGACCCAUGAACAUUGCUCAGUGUUGAGUCCCAGAGGUUUACCAAGGGAGAUGACAUCGUGAAAUUAAGUUGCCUGUGGACAGGUGGCUUAUGUGUAGACAAGUCUCGCCGCCCUUGAGCCCUGUGGCUGGGCCUAGUGCCCGAGUGCCACUUUGAGGAACAGCUGUGACCAUUCAAGCGUGGUUAGCAAGGUGCUUGAUAGACUGAAGCUUAUUUUUGAUCCACAGAACUGCGGCUUGUUUUCCUCUAGAGGGCUGAGAUUUCAUUGAAGAUCCACUUGUGAGUAUACUCAGUAGGAUUUUGAUAAGUAAACAUAAAAUAUGAAUUAUUUCAAAAAUAACUUUCCAAGUGCAGUUUCAGUCUACCACCUCCAUGAACAUCUUGCACAUGCAGAAGGGGCAGGUUUUAGCUAUACUUCCCCAGACAUGGUGGCCGAUUUAAAACCAUCCCCACUGAAACAUCUAAAGCAACUGAUUUGUUUUAAUUUCCACUUGAGGUGUUUGAUUCAUGGUUACUGUUGUCAAGCUGCUUAAGGCACUAUUACAGAUGCCAAAUCUGUCACUGAGAAAUACUUUUGUCUGGAUCAGGAGUCUGAUUCAAAGUUUCUGAGGGGGCAGGAAGCCACAGAGAAGACUUUACCAAAUGCUAGCCAACUGGACCGUGGUAAUAGAGAGGCAGCCCCUUGGCUCACUUCCCUGAGUGAGAUAGUAUCUGUCCUUUUACUGUUCUGAUUCAUUUACCUUUGUGUCCCAUUUGCUGAGUUUAAUUCUACCAUCAACAUACACAAAGGAGCCUCCAUAGCUAAUAUGCAAACAGUGUUUCUACUUUGAUAUUAAACACUUUGUAUAAAUCUGAAAUGAUUUUUCAUGUAGCAUUUACAGGUUAGAUCUUCAUUUUGAUCUAUGCACAGCUAGUCUGCUUUGAAAUUGUUUUUUCUGCUGGUCUCUUUCUCAUCCCCGUCAGCUAAAGCAGCUUUCAACUCAUGCCUGAACUGACAGAGUCCUGGCAUACCUCAGGGGUGGAGCAAGUUGUUCCCUGUGGGAAAGGGCGUUCUGUCCCCACUGCUGAAACAUCAUAAAGUAUUUGGCUGAGGUAUCUGAAAACAAGCGAAAGAGAGCGGCUAGCUUCAGAGAGUUGAGAUGAAAAUUCGUUCUCUCCUGGAGGAGCACUGGGACGUUGAUAUCCAUGGCUGGUGUGUUGAGAGGGCCUCUUUGUAGAGGACACUAAAACCCAGUUUCUUAACAAGCAAGAAUAGAGACUUAGUGGCCCUGUCCCACAUCCUCUUAACAAUUCUAAACUAUUCCAAUCGGGGACUGCCUUGCUGAAGAGUAGUUCACAGACCCACAGAACACUGAUAAGGGCAGAAAGUGCUUCUGCUUCCUGCCAAAUCUAAUCUUCCCUAUUUAUGCCACUACACAGCUGCAGUCACCUGGCUGGCUUGACAGUCCAGUCAGCAACUAUGUAAAUGAAUGCAGAAGAAAUGUUUUACUUUUGUGUAUUUUAUAUGCCUGUCUAAAACUUGUUAGAAUGGAUUGAAUUAUUGAGUAAUUUUCUAAUUUGGUUCUCUAACAGGAGGCCGACUCAAGUCCACGAGUUCUUUUCUGUGUAUCAUGCAAGGAUGGGGCGUGGGGUGGGGAGUCAUAGGAAUAUUUUUUUGCUCUGAACUUAAGACACAUUUGGUUCUGGUCUCUCUUGUGUUGGACCAAAUCGUAACUUGUACAUCCUCAUUCUCAAUACACUUUUUUAAUGUUUCUAGA